GGCAUUGUGGUUCUUCAAGAACGACAAGAGCAAGAUGUGGCAGGCAAACCUGCGCCUUGUCACCAAGUUCAGCACUGUGGAGGACUUCUGGGCGUUGUACAGCCACAUCCAGCUUGCCAGCAAGCUCACAUCUGGCUGUGACUACUCCCUCUUCAAGGACGGCAUCGAGCCUAUGUGGGAGGACAGCCAGAACAAGCGUGGCGGGCGCUGGCUUAUCACCCUGGCCAAGCAGCAGCGGCACACUGAGCUGGACCGCUUCUGGCUGGAGACGCUGCUGUGCCUCAUCGGGGAGAUGUUUGAUGACUACAGCGACGAGGUGUGUGGGGCUGUUAUCAACAUCCGUGCCAAGGGGGACAAGAUUGCCAUCUGGACCCGGGAAGCAGAGAACCGGGAAGGGGUCACCCACAUCGGGCGUGUCUACAAGGAGCACCUGGGCCUGUCACAGAAGGUGGCCAUUGGGUACCAGGCCCACGCGGACACAGCCACCAAGAGUGGUUCCCUCACCAAGACCAAGUUUGUGGUGUGACUGUGGGGGGAGCAGGGCACUGCCUGUGGGGUCCCCCUGUUCUGUCCCAUAAUGAAUGGCUGCAGCU